AUGGCGAUCAAUGACCUGGCGACGAACGACGACGCCUCUCUCCCUCUGAUAAAAUCUCCGCCGGCCGGAGACAGAACCACGCCUCUUCAGACGCUCGGUAACAUUAUCGUCUCCAUCGUCGGCACGGGCGUCCUCGGGCUCCCUUACGCAUUCCGCGUCGCCGGAUGGUUCGCCGGAUCUCUCGGCGUCAUUAUAGUCGGAUUCGCCACCUAUUACUGCAUGCUCCUCCUCAUUCAGUGUAGAGACAAGCUAGAAUCGGAAGAAGGGGAAGAGGAAUCGAAAACGUAUGGUGAUUUAGGAUUCAAAUGUAUGGGAACAAAAGGUCGAUACCUGACCGAAUUCCUAAUAUUCACAGCUCAAUGCGGUGGAUCAGUAGCGUAUCUAGUGUUCAUCGGCCGGAAUCUGUCAUCCAUAUUCCAAUCAUACGGACUAAGUAUGAUCUCUUUCAUCUUGAUCCUGGUUCCAAUCGAAGUUGGACUCUCGUGGAUCACUUCUUUAUCAGCUCUCUCGCCUUUCAGUAUCUUCGCUGAUAUCUGCAACAUCAUAGCCAUGUGUUUCGUUGUGAAGGAAAACGUGGAGAUGGUGUUUGAGGGAGACUUCUCGUUUAGUGAUAGAACGGCGAUUUCGUCUACUAUCGGAGGUUUACCGUUUGCUGGAGGAGUUGCUGUGUUCUGUUUUGAGGGUUUUGCUAUGACUUUGGCGCUAGAAGGUUCUAUGAGGGAGAGAGAAGCGUUCCCUAAGCUGCUAGCGAAAGUGCUUGCGGGGAUUACGUUUGUCUAUGUGUUGUUUGGGUUCUGUGGUUAUAUGGCUUAUGGAGAUCAAACGAAAGAUAUCAUCACACUUAACCUCCCCAAGAAUUGGUCUGCCAUUGCCGUCCAGAUUGGGUUAUGUGUGGGACUGACGUUUACAUUCCCGAUCAUGGUGCAUCCGCUUAACGAGAUCAUAGAGCAGAAACUGAAAAGGGUCGAUUGGCUUCAAAAGCAUCAGUACUGCAGCGAGACAGGUUCAGUCUCCAAAUACGUAAUCUUCACGACGAGGACGCUUUUGGUGGUGGGGCUCGCGGCAAUCGCGUCUUUGGUGCCGGGGUUUGGUACAUUUGCAUCUCUUGUGGGAAGCACUCUCUGUGCACUCAUAUCCUUUGUGUUGCCGGCUUCUUAUCACCUGACACUGCUCGGUCCAUCGUUGAACCUAUGGAACAAAUCCGUUGAUGUUUUCAUCGUGGUUUGUGGGUUGCUCUUUGCUGUUUAUGGUACUUACAACACAAUCGUUGGAGUCUGA